UCUGUGUAUGACUUGAGCCUAUGAGGAAAUCUAGAAUCUAGACUCUAGAUCUAGAGAUCUAGAGAGAGAAUGAGAGAUCAACAAGCUUCGCAGUAGUUAGAAUCUAGAUCUAGACUAGUAGAUCAAGAGAUUUGUUUGCCGUCAACACUUUCUUAAUUAGACUAAGUGGUUUUUUAAGUGUAGGCAUUGGCUAGACCAAAAUGCCAGUUCCAACCACCGGCUCAAUGUGCACAGAACUUUGGAAAGGAAAAUUGUUAGAAAAUUUUAACUCAAUGGCUGUAGCUGUAAUUUUCAGGCCUACUGGGCUAAGCCUCAUUCUAGGCUGCGAGGAUGGGAUGGUUAGAAUCCACGACCUCUCAGCUAAACAUUUAGAUGAAAAACCAAAGACAAUACUAGAGACAAAAAGUGGUCCAAUUCAAUGUCUUACUGUGCAUGAUGUCACAAGAUUUUAUCACAAUGACCUGAUAGUCGGAGACUCUUGUGGAAUGUUGACAGUGUUUUGUAACCGCCAGAUUUUGUCACGUCAGUCACUUUCAUCUGACAGCAUCAUUUGCUCUACUGUUGUGGAGGAUAAUGGUGGGAGUCCAGUUAUAGUGAGUUCUAAUGACUCAGGAGUUAUAACAGGAGUACAACCAACAGAGGAGCUAUGGAGAAUAAAUCUUAAUAGUUUAUCAAAUAAGAAUCCAGCAUUGAUUGUGAAGAUUUCCUGUUUGUUAGCUGUGCAUAUUACAGAUGCAUCAGGGAAUAAGAGGCAAUAUCUGCUGGCUGCUGAUAAUGCUAAGAGAAUUCAUGUCAUUAGUAAUGGAUCUUUAGUGUCAUCUCUAAUUGCACCCAAUAACAUUACAGCUAUGACUCAAGGCAGGUUUAUACCGUCAAGUAAACUAAACCUGCCCUCAGGGUUGUCUCAGUCUGCAGAAAGUGAACAGGUUGCACUAGGUUCAAGCUCAGGGUCUGUUUACAUUCUUCACAAUUUUAAUAUCACACUAGACGAGUAUGUGAACGCAAAAUGUCCUAUAACAAAUCUCUGUACCUUACCGCAACCAGACAACACUACAGAUAUUUUACUGUGUGCUGGCCAUUUUAGUUCACUUCACCUUUAUAAAGACAGAGAAUUAUUAACAGAAUAUCACACAGCAGAUUGGGUCAAUAACAUUGCUACAGCAGACAUAGAUGAUGAUGGAGUGUUAGAAAUAAUUCUGGGAUGCAUGGAUAAAUCAGUUGUUGCACUAAAAGUAUAGUUGUGUUUUAUGGAAAUCAUUGUGUUAAAUGAAAUCAUAGUUUUGUAAUAUAAUAAUAAAAAAGCAAAUAAAGUUGUACAAAG